AGUAAUUUGACUAAGAUUACAUGUAACUUAGGCCAGAACGGGUCGAAAAUGGGGCGGGUCAGAGCAGGUCGGGUCGAUGAGAGGUACCCAUUCCCGCCCCGCCCCGCCUACGGGGCGGGUUGGACCCGCCCCAAAACAGGUCAAACAGAUCAGGUAACUCGGGUCAGGUCGAAAUUGCCAUCCCUACUUGUGGCAGGAAAUCACACACAAAAUUUCCGGAAUCCUUGUUGUUGUUCAUCAUGUCCAGCUGUGGUAUGAGGUGGACCAUUAGUUUUGGCAAAGAUCACCGUCACCGCCGUGUGUGUUACCAGCGGUGUUCCUAAGGCUAGGGACCCAUUGCCCAUCAUAGCUUCAUAAUUCUAACCACUGUUCUGUUUGCUCUCUUUUCCUCGUUCUGCCUUGUGGAAAGAGCAACUUGCCGUUAUUUUUUUCUUCUCCUUUUAAAAAAUUCGUUACCCAAGAUUCGUUUCCCCUGUUUUUCUUGGUUUCCUCUAGACCAGAGCAUCGGAGCCGCGGCCAAGCUGUGAGGGAGAGUUACUGCAGGGAGAGAAGGUUUUGCCAACUACCACCUUCUUCUUCUUCUUCUCCACCAAACGCAAUAAAUACAACUCUGAACCCAGAGCGUCUCUGUGAUUGUUUUGGAGCGGAAAUUUUAAUGGGGUUGGGUGAUUGCGAAUGAAUAAGAAAUGUCAUUUUCGCUUGCUAUUAACUCCAAAAUCCAACCAUUCCCACUAUACCUUCUCUAGCGGGAGAAUCCCUUCUAUUCUACUCCACUUCCCUCCUCUCUUUUCUUUCUCUCUCCCUCUCCAACUCCUAAAUCUCGCCCGACCAGUUUCGCUUCAUUGUUUUUCCAUUUACCUGUUAAACUAAUGGCGAUGGAAUAGUGAUCCAUUCCUACAAUCCUACCCACUUGUGUUUUUUCCUUCUCUGCCUGGUUUAGGGUUUAGGUAUUGAUUCAGUUGGGGAAUUGGUACAUUUGGGGUGGUGGGAGAAAGGGAAUCAAUCAAAUUUAGGAAUGGAAGGGGAACGACCCAGGUCGGAGAAUCCCGCCAUGACCUUCGACGAGGUCUCUAUGGAGCGCAGCAAAAGCUUCGUGAAAGCUCUGCAGGAGCUCAAGAACUUAAGGCCUCAACUUUACUCAGCUGCAGAGUACUGUGAGAAGUCUUAUCUGCAUAGUGAGCAGAAACAGAUGGUGCUUGACAAUCUGAAAGAUUAUGCUGUGAGGGCCCUUGUCAAUGCUGUUGACCAUCUUGGCACUGUUGCAUACAAGUUAACGGACCUGCUUGAUCAACAAACACUGGAAGUCACCACCACGGGGGUCAAAAUUUCUUGUAUAAAUCAGCAACUUCUUACAUGUCAAACCUAUAUAGAGAAAGAAGGUCUCAGGCAGCAGCAGUUGUUGGCAAUCAUUCCACGACAUCACAAACAUUAUGUUUUGCCGAACUCGGUCAGUAAGAAGGUACAUUUUAGUCCCCACGUACAGGCUGAUACAAGGCAAAAUCAUUUUCAAGCUAGAUCUCGUCUUCAGCCUUCAGCUUCUCCGGCUUCCAAAACACUUUCUUGGCACCUAUCCUCGGAGACAAAGCCCAACAUUAAAGGGUCAAUAAGUACUUUGGAAAGCAGCGAGGAAUCAAAAUCUUCUGGAAGAUCUUCAGCAGCAUUUCAACUCUUAGAUAGAGAUGAUAGUACCGUGUCAAAACCCUCUGGAACAGCUUAUGCAUCAAGUGGAAUCCAACCAUCGAGCGGAGGCAUGCAAAGUUUUGGUGUACCACGCAAGGAAGCAGUGGACGGGUCUAAACACUUGGGAGGUUUCAGGUCAUUCGAUAACCCAAGACGUGAUAUUGUUCGCACCCCUGUCCCCUUUCGGAGUAAGAGUGUUCUUUCGGCCUUCUUCGUGAAACAGAAAGCAUCCAGGCUGAGCGCAGGCUCCGUUUCUUGAUCCAAAAUCCACCUCUGCACCUAAGACAUCUACUGCGUGUUUGUGGCUGUCGAACUCCCUUCUCCUCUGGCCUGAUGAGCAUGAUUGUUGAUAAAAAUGCUGUAGUAUUAGUAGUUCUGUUCUUAGUUACUAGUAGCAGACUAGUCCAUAAAAUUUUCUUGUUGUAAUAAGCUAAUAAUGAUGAAAUCUUAUUCAUAAAGAAAAUUAUGAAAUCUUAGUUCAUAAUAGUACAAAAUCUUAUUCAUAAAAAAUCUUAUUAUAACACUUCAUACUAUCUUACCCUUAUAUUACUUACGCUAUCUCAUUUUGGAUAAGAUUUCAUAAUAUACUCUCACCAUUAUCAUACAAUAAUAAUAUAGUUUUACAACUUGU